AUGGCUUCCGGCAUCCCAUACACCCCGAAGCCUGCGACUGAUAUUUUUACCCCAUAUCAGACCGACAUCAACCGACGAGAAUGUAAGAGGAUAGUGCCAAUGCGAGUCCUCGCACUCGGCCUCGGUCGUACGGGGACGGCUUCGCUGAGAGCCGCGCUCAAAGAGCUGGGGUACACAGACACAUACCACAUGAUGUCUGCCAGCGUCGAAAACCCGCCAGACUGCCUCUGUUGGAUGGACGCAUUUGCGGCAAAGUAUGAAGGCAAGGGCAAGUUCGGCCGUGAAGAGUGGGACGCUCUGCUUGGUCACUGCCAGGCUGUAUGCGACUGGCCAGCGGUCGCAUUCGCCAAAGAAUUGAUCGAAGCGUACCCGGAGGCCAAGGUCAUCAUCACAACUCGAGACGUCGACUCGUGGCACUCGUCGGUCAUGAAGACGGUCAACUGGCGCGCGAAUGACCCCGAACUCAGGGCUGUCGCAAACUUUGACUGGGCCGCUGGGCUAUACCACCCUAUGCUCCGCAAAUUCUGGAAGUACUUUUUCAACGACGACUUUGAACAAUCGGGCAAGCAAAGGUUUCACGACUACUACAAGGAGAUUCGUGAGAUGGUGCCUCCCGGGAAGUUGCUGGAGUAUCGUGUCAGCUCGGGCUGGAGACCCUUGUGCGAAUACCUCGGCGAGCCGGUUCCCGACAAGCCAUUCCCCAGAUCCAACGACGCAGACGGGUUCGUGGAGCGAUGCCGAACGCAGAAUCGCAAGCAGAUGAUGAAUGUCAUCUUCCGCGCGUUGGUUGUGGGAGUCCCUGUAGUAGCCACCGCACUCUCUGCUACAUUUGCUUACACGCAUUAUCUCCCGAAAGUGGCCCAGCACACAUCCUUGUUCACUACUGCCUCGUAA